GGAGAAGGUUUCCAAGGUUUAUGAGCAGAAUCUGGCAACAAAAACUGCGAAGAAAACAGGAAAAUGUCUGAAAAUUUUAAGGAGUGUAUUGUAUAUUUUUUAAUUGCCGAAAUUAGUUAAGUUUAUCUUUUUUUGUGAAAUUUCCUUGAGUGCGACGAAAGGGUGCCAUCAUUCAAAAUGGCAUCACUUACUCAAAAAGGUAGCAGUAAACUAAAGAAGAAACAUUUUAAGCCAAAAUACCAGAAAGCUAAGCUGUUUCGUGCCAAUGAACCUUUAGUUAGUGUAUUCAUGUGGGGUGUGAAUCAUACAAUAAAUGAAUUGACUCAUGUUAAUGUACCUGUUAUGCUCUUGCCUGAUGAUUUCAAAGCUUUUAGCAAAAUAAAGGUUGACAAUCAUCAUUUCAAUAAAGAGAGCAUGCCAAGUCAUUUUAAAGUCAAAGAGUAUUGCCCUCUUGUAUUUAGAAAUCUGAGGGAGCGUUUCAGCAUAGAUGAUGCAGAAUACAUGAAUUCACUUACUAAGUAUCAGCCUAUUGAAAUUAGUUCCCCAGGAAGGAGUGGAGCAAAGUUCUAUGAGUCAUAUGAUCAUUUAUUUAUCAUGAAGACUCUACAGAGUGAAGAAGUUGAGCAAAUGCAUAGUCUUUUGAAACAGUACCAUCCUUAUAUAGUUGAAAGGCAUGGAAAAACAUUAUUACCUCAGUAUCUGGGCAUGUACAGAUUGACAGUAGAUGGAGCAGAAACUUAUAUUGUUGUGAUGCGUAAUAUAUUUUCAAAUCGUCUGAAGAUUCAUAAGAAAUAUGAUUUGAAAGGAUCAACUGUUGAUAGAGAGGCGAGUGACAAAGAGAAGUUUACUCUUUCUCGAGAGGGCAUCAUCCCAUCCACAGUUAAACCUAAACCUUCUCAGGAAAAAGAUAUUCCUGUCCUGAAAGAUAAUGAUUUUGUGAAAGAUGGCUGUAAAAUAUACAUAGGACCAGAAGCCAAAGAAAAGAUUUUGGAAAUGCUUACUGCUGAUUCUAUGUUUCUUUCUUCAAUGAACUUAAUGGAUUAUUCUGUCUGCUUGGGUAUUCAUGAUUGUGAAUUCAGUGAACAAGAUGCUCAAGAAAAAGAAAAAGUCGAAACUUCAGAUUUGGAAGGUAGUGGAGGUGAUGUCGGUUCUGAUGAAGAUGAAGAUUCGGCUGGCAGUGGUAUUGGGGGUGCUGUGCCUACACCACCCGAUUCCCCUCCGGCUCUGAGGGAAGAUUUGCCUUUCACUGCAGAUAUGCUUAAGUCUUCUCGUGAUAUAUAUGCUACACGUAGUCCUGAAGGUGCUCCAAAAAAGGAGGUUUAUUUCUUAGCUUUAGUCGAUGUUCUUACUCAUUAUGGCAUGAAAAAGCGAACAGCUCAAGCAGCUAAGGUUGUUAAGCAUGGAACAAAUGCAGAGAUCUCAACAGUUCACCCAGAACAGUAUGCUAAGCGUCUGAUUGAUUUCAUAGCAAAGGCAAUGGAGUGAGCUUUUAAAAUUGUCAGGUAAAUGGAACUUACUCAAUAUGGUUGCCAUUCCAUGAUAGUGUUCAUGUUAUGUAGCAUUUAACAUGCUAAUGUACCAUUUUUCGGAAGAAGGAUGGUUUGUCAAAAAAAAAAAAAAUGUUCAGUUGCAGUAAUGUAGAACAUGAACCUAGGCUCUCUUAAAUGGGCAGCCAUGUAGUCGCUCCUAUUUUAUCUAUUCAAAUUUGUUAUGAAAUCAUACUCAUUAAUUGUCAAAAUGUUGUGUGAAAAUACAGUGCAUGUUACGGUUCAUCUUUUCACCCCAUGUUGAAUUUUUCUAGUAUUUUAUCAGUAUUGUAAAGCAACUUUUGAUGUUUAACUUUUUCAUUUGUAUUGUUAUUUUUCUGCUGAAAAUUGAUUUGUGGAUUAUUUUCGUAUAUUAAUUUUGUGUUUUAUCCUCCUUUUAUUCCAUUAACAGUUGUUUAGUCAAUUCAUUUAUCAGUUCCUAUGAAGACAAUUAUUUAAUGAAUAAUAUCUUAGCUGUAUUUUUUUAUCUUUUAAGUUUUUCAUUAAUUGAUGAAAAUAAAUUUUGUUCCCCCUUUGUAUAUUAAUUUAAAAUAAAUACCAAAAAUUGUUAUAAAUUUUUAAAAUACAACUAUUUAGAAGUUACAUGUUAAACAAUCAUGUAAUGAAUAUACAAAUAAUGUAUAAUAAUUCAUUAUAAUACAUUAAUUAUUUUAUAAUUAAUACUAAAAAUAAUUAAUUUUUCUUUUUAUACGACAUUUUCUGAUUGAUGUGUAGUUUUAUAUCAUAUUUAAAAUUACAAAAGACUAUUUUGUGUAUAAAAACUGUCAUGAUCUUUUAACACUUGUUGAAAAAUCAUUUCAAAUUCAGGACAAAUCUUAUUUAUAAAUCCAAUUAUCUUAGAGAUUAUAAAAACCACUCUUUUUUUUAAUGGAACAAAUUUUAAUGGAAAAAAUAUGCAAAUCAGGCUUAUAUUAUGUAAUAUAUAAAUAUAAUAUGCAUGUAUUAUAUACAUAGAUUUUUAAAAGUCUUCUUGCAACUGCAGCAAAACUUACUAAAAGCGAUAAAUUACUAAAAGAAUGGAAUUUUCCCAUAUAUGUAAAUUUUGAAAUGAUUCUUUUUUAAGAGCUUAAUCAUAUCCCAACUGAAUUUUAUCUGUAAAAUUUCUGUUUAAGUGACAAAAUUUUAAAGUGACAAAAAAUUUCAAAAUAUAAAUUUUCUACUCUUUUUAAUUUUAGGUAGUAAAAAAGAAUAGUCCUUAAUCUUAACAUAUGUAUGCAUUUAAAUUAGUGGAUGUUUAAAUGUACCAAUUUUUCAUAAUUUUUUAAAUUCAUAUUCACGCAAAAUAGCAAUAUUUUCUCCAAAUUGUAAUUUUUACUUGUCUGAAAAAAAUAAUCUAACUUUUUAAAUAUUGUGAUUUGUACUUAGUAUCAAAAUUGUUAAAAGGAUUUGCAUUAUUUUUACUUAAAAUAAAUAGUAAUUAUACUUUUUUUUGAUGUAAUAAUUUUCAAGCAACUAUACCAUUAAUGUCUUUAAAAUUAUUUUAAAAUUUGAAAUGUUGACAGCUUAAUGAUUGGGAUAAUUGUGCUAUUGAUAAUUUACUGUAAGAAUAAAUUAUUAUUCAGCUAUAAAAUAUAGAAUUCAAAUUUUCUUUCUAAAUUGCCCGUAAAUACUUUCUUAUAAUUUUCUAGAAAAAUGAAAGAAAAAAAAGUUCAAAAUUCCUGAUAUAAAAUUUAUAUUUUGAAGAGGUUUUAGCAUAGCAAAAAUAAAAGGGCAGUUUUUUUCUGUGAUUAUAUUGAUGUGUUAUUAUGUGCUCACAUAUUUUCAUAAUGUGAUUAUUAAAAAGAAAUGUGCAAUGUAUGAUGUAUUAUUUUUUAUUGAAUUUGGCAUUCCUUUUGAAUCUGCUAUAUUUAUUGUAGCAAAGUAGAUUUUAUAAACUUUCCAAUUUUCUCCCCUUGUUUUAUUCAUACAUAUCCUAGUUAAUUUUUAGCGUGGUGUAAAAUCUGAUUUAUAUUCAUGUGUUUUCCCCCCUUGAUUGCUCUCUUGUGAUAUGAGCUGUAAAUAUUAAGCUUUUUAAGUCACUUUUUUUUUUUCAUUUGUAAACAUGUAAUAAUGAUUUGAUUAAUUAUGUAUGUAAAUUUCUAAUUAUAAGUGUGUAUCAAGUUAUGGCAAAUGAACAAUUAAGUAAAUUUUACAAACUUUUUGUUUAAUGUUAUUAAAAGUGAGAUUUAGGAUCGAUUGUUUUGUAUUGUAAGAUGUUAAAUGUGUUCAGUGUUUUAUAUUUUUUAAUCGUCUGGCAUGCCUAAAAGAAUAUUUAAAUGCACAAUGUUUUAUGUAACUGAAUUUUGUACAAUAAUAAUUGAAUACAAAAUAUAGGUAUUUAACCUUACACUGUGAUUUUUUUCUCUGUUUUUAAAUACCAACUAUACCAUUCUUAAAAAAAAGGCAUGAUUCUUUUAUGCAAUUUCACGAAUAUGCAAAAUUGCAUACAUAAAUCAUGGGCUUAAAAAUGAAUGUUAUUUACUAAAAUCAAGUUUUUUUAAUUCAAAAAAAAAAUUAUAUUGAAUUUGUAUUACUUAAAUGCACAAAUAAAAUCCGGCCUUUAUUUCAAAACAUAACAUGGGAUAAGUAUUUGAUUAUAAAGCAAUAUCUAAUAAAAUAACACAUUUUUUUGUUUCAAAAACAUGCCAUUUGAUGAGAAAGUUUUAAAGCAAAUAUAUGAGCAUUUAAAUUAUGCAUUUUACUGUGCAGUGUAGGGUUGAACAGGCUAAAAACUUAUGAAAGAUAAAUGUUGCGCUUUUUUCAAAUUUAAAUCAAGUGAAAUUUUCAUAGUUUGAUGCCAAUAGUUAUUAUAGGUCAUUCAUACGUAUGGUAUACAUACAUAUUUAUAGCAAUUUUAUAUUAUACAAUAUUUUUUCAAAGAGAUUGUUUUAUCUGUAGUAGAACUAAAAUUAGCAUCUCUUUUUACAUUUUGCACAAGUGAUUUUUUUAUUAUAUGUUGAUAAAUGUUUGUAGAUUUAUAGUAACUUGGAAAUUGAAUGUUAAAAUUUAACUUUGAGAAAUAUUUAACCAAUUUAAAAGUAUACAGUGAUAUUCUGUAAUUUUGUAUAUUUAAAAACCAGUAGUUGCUUGUUCACUUCUGUUACCCUCUGUGUCUUGUUACACUGUUCAGAAGCAUAAUUGUUUGAUACUAUUCAUGUUCUUGGAAUGCCACUUUCCAGAUUGAUAUAUUUAACUGUGCUUUCAUAUAAGCCAGUAUUGUAUAUACAUAUGAUAGCUGCUUAUACCAUUAGGUGUUGUAAAGUUACCUGUGUUACUUUGUAAAAAUAUUUUAAUGCAAUAAAUGUCUUGGUGUGGA